AUGUAUAUCAAGAACAUGGGUCCCAGGGGCCAGAUCAGCUUGGAGUGCGGGGAAGAUAAGCGCAGUCUUUGCUUCAAAUUCACUGUUGAGGCUUCCUCUGAACUCGGAAAGUCAUGGCUUAAGGUAUACUGCUCAUUGGAUGAAAAGCUUUUAUUUGAGUACAAUAAUGCCAACAAAGCUGAACUUGUGGGUAGCAUUGGAGAAGGAAAUUCCACCAAAGUAUGGGAAGAUGUGACUCAAACGGUUAAAGAAAUGGGGCAAGAGUUCAGGAAGAGGCUAUUACACAUCAGACCAAAGACAAAUAAUACCAAGGAUCAUCCUGAGUUGCAAGUCAACAUGUGCUGUCAACGUGAACUUGAACAGAACACUGGUGCCUCCUUGCUGUUCAACCUUAAUAAACAAAAUUUAGUCUUAUUUGAUCCAAACAGCAUGACUUGGACAGAGCUUCAUCCUGAAGCAAGAGGUGUUAAAACCAUAUUGGAAAAUGACAAGGAACUAGAGAAAGAUCUCAAGAAGUUUUCCAUGGGAGACUGUAGUCACUGGCUCAAUGAAUUCUUAAAGCACUGGACAGAAAUUUCAAGACAAACGGUAAAGACUUUAGAUGCCGUACAGAUGUCACCAAAAUCUUGGAAUAUGAAUGCGAUCAUCACUGUAGUCUUCACAAUCGUAAUCCUUAUUCUUAUCGGUGUCUUCAUUGGUGUCGUCAUUUUCUGGAAUCACAUAGUCUCCUACAUUCGUAGAACUCUCAGGGGUCAGCACACCCCAAGUGCAGUGGGUGAGCCUCACCCUGAGGAAACCAUCUGCAUGAACGUGAUGUGUCCUAUGGAAGGUGAUUCUCCAUGCUGCUCCUCAGCUUCUUCUGUAAUCUGAUCUGCAGUCAUUGUCAACAGCUGCCUCUGGUACAUCUCUGGAAUAGUCCCUAUCUCUCUACAUCACAGCCAGAAAACAAAACCUUCUGAU